GGCAGGUGGAGGUGGUGGUUGAAGGUGAAGGGUGGAGGGGGUUCUCGCACGGCGGUUCUCCCUCGUACGCUCGGCGGAGCCGUCGUCAUUGGGCGUCGGGACGUCGCGACGACGCUCUUUUCCUCUCUCUUUCUCUCUCGUACACUAUUAACACGCGCGAACACACUUACUCUCCUUCUCCCUUUCUCUCUCUCUCUCUCUCUCUUUCUUCCUUCGUCACUACUUAUCUUCCUCUGCCCUUUUUUUCUUAUACUCACCCAGCCUGUUUCUCCUGCCCUCGAACGAAGGCGAUCGCGCGCGCGCUCGUCGAACGUUUCCGCGCGCGGAUAAUCGUUCUGUGCCGUGUCAGUUCGCGAGGAGCGUUCGCCGGUGCACGCGCGCACGUCAACGCACCAGUGCGUCCUUGGCUCUUCGUUUUUUCGGAGCCGUGUGUCAUAAAAUAUAAAUAUAUAUACACACACGUCUGUCUGCAUAGGUACACAUAGGUAAACUGCAUACGUAUAUUUUCCCUUCGAUAGUUCGACGCGGUGGUGUCUUACCUAUUUCAAUUCGGAUAAAGCGUCGACGAAUAAACGCGAGCCUUUUUACGUUUUUCGUUUUACGUAACGUGCGUGCGUAAGUGCAGCAAAGUUCGCGCGGGCUUAGAUCGUGUAUGUGUGUGCGCGCGCGCGCGCUCACCCGCUCGUUCACCCGCGUGCGAUUCCUCGAACUCGUUCAAAGGCCCGCACGCGGUUUUCUUCGAUUGGUGUAUUGGAAAUUAUUGAAAAUAUAAUAUAAUAGUCGAUCGUUCGAUUAUGACCGUCGGUUUUUGUAAGGAUCGGUGUCGAUGAAUCAUCUAAUGGGAGGGAAAAGUCUUCUCGUCGAGUUCGUUAAGAAGGAUGCCGGUUUUCGCCUAGAUAGUCCUUUGGACAUCGGCGAUAUAUCGUGACAAGUGGAGGAGGACCUAUCGCAGGAUGGGACGGACGACGUUGCGAGGAUCGAGCGACGAAGGACAGAUCGUUGUUGUCGCCGUCGCCGCCGUCGCAGCCGUCGUCCUCGAGAGGAGACAUUCGAGAUUCGAAGAGAGGAUCGCGAUCUGGAAGUUCUUCGGGAGCGGUUGAAACCAGUCGCGAGAAUUUUACGGAUGAAGUUCGAAAAAGAAGCUGGAAGGAAAGAAGAAGGAGGUGGUGGUGGUGGAGGAGGAGGAGGAGGAGGAGGAGGUGGUGGUGGAGGAGGAGGAGGUGGUGGAGGAGAAGGAGAAGGCGAGGAUCACCUUCCGAGAGGAAGGACGAGAGGACGAGUCAUGUCACAUGUCGUUCCUAUGCUUUUGCCACGUUUCGCGCCAAUCGCCAAGCUACUCGUUGCGGCGAUCCUCGUGCUCUACUGUUGUGCUAAUCGUUUCGCUCGUGCUAGCGAAUUCCCCGAGAGAGAAUGCUGCGUCUUCCCGUUACCCGAACCAACCGGAAGAUCCACGGCCGCGCCUAUACCAACCGGCAGAAGUGGAUCCGAUAUCAAAAAGGGUGUCGCUAUAUUGAAUUGCCUCUACGCUCGUCAACUUUGUUUCGAGGAUCCAUCCUGUAGUGCCAUUCUCGAAAUUAUUCCACGUGUCUGCGGUCCAGAAUUAGUGGCUUGUUCAACGGUGACGGUGACGAAGUGUCGUUCGGCACUUCACAGUCUGCAAGCUUUCUCGUUCUUUCGGCCCACGUGUCUUUGUAAAGAACGGCACGUCGAUCCAGACUGCAAUAGCUUCCAGAAUUUCCUCUUCGAUCAUCCCUGCAUCGACGUACAGAAGAAAGAAAAAGAGCAGCAUCCAAUCGAACCUUUACCAACGUGCACCCAUGCCAUGAACGAGUGUCUACGAGGGAAGCCGUGUAAUCAGGUCUUCGAGAACUUCAAAAACAGCUGUAAAGCGCGAGAGGGCAAGUGCAGAAUGGAGAGUCGAGACGCUUGUCAUGAUUCUUGGACGCAACUUCGAUUGUCACCGGUGUUUGGUUGUAUAUGUCCGAACAAUCACAUAAAGAAACGAUGCGACAGGAUCUUCUCAUUGGUCAAUCAUAAUCCUUGCGUCGAGUAUCUGCCCUCCUCCGCCUCGGUAGACCUAUCGGGUACGGACUCGGCCCUCUAUCCAUUCGACCCGCAGCAGGAGAGCUACCAGGAGAUCUGGUUACCGCCGACCAGUAUGUAUCCCUAUUUUCUGUUCCCCGGGACCGCGCGCACCUCGUACCACGACUACGAAAUACCAGACCAGGAACAGGGACAUCGCCGUCAGCACGGCCAUCGUCAUCAGCCCGGUCGCCAUCAGGAGGCACCGGAAAAGCCAGCCAAGCCAAGUGUGUUCGUCGUCGACGCGAACGAUCCACAGAAAAACGAUUUAAACAAGGCUGAUCCUCACAACGAGGAUCGUUUCGUCGUGACCGACGACGAACACUCGGCUGGUCGGUUCCACCUUCCAGGUUCGAGGUUCGGCAACCAGAGGCAGGAGGGUGCCCGGGGGGAUAGGAUCUUUCAAGAUUUCGAUGGCUCCUCUUCAUCCGACGUCCAUUCCUAUUCUUCUUACCCUUCUUCCUCCUCUUCCUCUUCUUCUUCUUCUUCUUCUUCAUCUUCGUCUUCUUCUUCUUCUUCUUCUUCUUCUUCUUCUUCUUCUUCUGACGCGUUUUCCAAGCAUGAUCGUGCCUCCAACACAGUGCACCUGCAGCCAAGGCACCCCCACCAAAGCGAGCAUGACGCGCACCUGCACCAUCACCAUCAUCACCAGCACCAACAGCACCACCACAACCACAACCAGCACCACUACUACCACCAUCACCCUGCACCUGCACCGUCCCCGUCGUCUUCUUCGUCGUCUUCGUCUUCCUCGUCGUCAUCGUCGUCUUCGUCAGCAUCCUCGUCCUCGUCAUCGUUGUCGUCGUCGAACGCGCAACCACCGCGACCGACGCCUACCGUCGACGAAACUAAACGAAUCGAGACCCCGCAAGUCGCGCCACCAAAGAAAUUCGCACCGAGGCCAACCUACGAGCAUCGGGCGAUCUUCGAUCGCGUCGACGACGACCUCGAUGACAUCGAGUUCAGGAUCGGCGCUCUGCCAGUCGAUCGGCUCUUCGAUCUGCGCGAGGCUUUCGAAGGCUUCGUCGAUCAAGUGAAGGUCAUCUCCCAUCCGGACAACUCGACGAGCUUCGAGGUAAUCGAAUCUCAAGUGGAGAAUCCAUUGAUUGAUGCCGAUCAUCAAGAUCUUCUAGCGAUGAAGCAGAUACCUGUGCCUGGCGAUCAUCACCGACGAUCUCAUCGGAAGAAGAAUCAGACUGUGGAAGAGUUCGAUCAAGCUGCAGCUCUGCCAUCUGCCAAAUCGGAAAUUGACAAGAUUCAGCAACCACCUAAGUUGAUACUUUCCAGUACAUGUCAUCAUGCAUACACAUCGUGCAAGAACGACCCGGAGUGCAAGGCAUUAUUACAGCCGGUCCUGAAUUACUGUGGUUUGACGAGCUGUGCGAGAAACGAAUGUAUGGCAGCUUUACAACACUUCUAUAAAACGGCUAAUCACAAGCACUCCAUCGAAAUAGCUUUCUGUUUGUGCCGAAAAACCGAUGGCAGAAAAGACGAAUGCAUCGUGGCACAAGAAAAGAUGCAUCCUGCAUGUGCGCAACGUAUCGAAGGUGCCGAUAUGCCUACAUGUCACAGUCUCGCGGAGACUUGCAAGAAAAACGAAGCCUGCCGCAUGAGAUUGGAGCAUUACGAGCAAAAUUGUGCGGUAGACAGCGUAACGAAAAAAUGCGCAGGACCACCAUCCGAUUGUAGGAAAGCGAUGCUGGGUAUACUUGGAACCGAACUUCGUUCAAAUUGUGCUUGCAAAGGCACCGACUUCACGCAACUCUACGACUGCCUUGGUUGGCAAAGACUCCUUUGGGUUAACCCGUGUGUAGUCGAGUCUCAAAAGGACUACCACGCACGUCGAAAACACCACCACUAUUCAAGAACAACGCCGAUUGGUAGUAUACUGUCGACAACAACAACAAUGACGACGUCGUCGUCGACUACGAGAAUACACGUAAGCAUGACGGCGACUACGAUGGCCACCGCGGUCGAACGAGUUGAAGAUAAUCAAAUACCGGAAGUAACGAGGUGGCCGACCACCGAACCCACGGAAACUUUAGAAAUCACGACUAACACCGUUAGUACGACGCCAAGCACAACUACAACGACAACCACACCGCCCCGCUUCUGUGUCGUUCAAAGACCAAGACAGAGCCAUCAAUACAUACGGGAGGGUAAAGGCAAAAGGCUUUAUCGCGAAGACGAGCCAGAAUGUUCGGAGCUCUGUCAGUGCGGUGAAGGUGAAGUUCUCAUCUGCAAUACGAUCUGCGUCGACUCGUCUCCUUGCAAAACGGACUUCGCUUACUAUAAUCAUGAGGCACCAGCUUAUCAGGCCCACCGUGGUCCAUGUCUCUGCUAUAGUGGUGGUUUCAUAUGUAUGCGUCCAUCACCUGGAGCAUACAGUAUACCGCACGGAGUUUUUAUGUUCUUGGGAUAUAGCGAGAAGGACGAGACCUUGUUAAGGCCGCACAACAAUCUCACGGUUCUAGACGCCGUUUCGUCUCUCGACAAUUUCAUGAGAGAGGAAGUCAAUAACCAGACCGUAUGCACGCUCUUCCUCUACAAUGUGACUCGAGAAAACGUGAUUGCAGUAGCACGUCUUGGUACGGACAAUCCACCCUUAAAUAGCAGUCAAGCUCAGAGUUUGCAACACCUCUUGCGAGUCAAGGAGGAAUGCGCUUCCAUGCUGGAGGAUUUGAGCAGUAAGAUCAAUAAUAAACAUCACGAAGUUCAUACGCAUCCCUUACUCUCGAUAUUCAAGAUGGCCGAGGUCGCGGUUAAACUACCAUAUAGCAACGAUGGUAGAAGCAUGUCAAGGUCAUCGAGUUCCAUCCUCCUACUCGUGCUCCUCGCGUGCAGCAUUUUCGCGUCCACUUCGACGUGUCUCGUCGACGAUUCGUGACACGGAUAAAGUUACCUAUUCUAGAAGAGAAGGGGAAGAAAAGUCUCGAGUGUUUAGAAUAUCAACGACGGUUUAGGGACAUGAAAAAGUGUCGGAAAGAGUUUAAAGAAAGAAAGAGCGAAUGAAAAAUGGUGUAAGUAGGUAUGUCUGUGCGUGUGUAUGAGUUACGCAUACGUAUUCACACGUAUAUGUUUGUAUAGGUGGAUCUACGUGCGUGCAUGUGUAAAAAAGUUUAGUUCGUCUUUUUCGAGAAAGAUUUAAAAUCGCUAUCCAAACUUGUUCCUACAAUCGAGAAUCGAAACGACACUAUAGAGAGCUAAGCCAAGUAACUUUCCGUGUAGUAGACCAACAAAGAUACACCGUAUACGUGGUAGUAUUACAACAAGAUCGUAAUAAGAAAAAUGUCUGUACGAGAUACGUGAUGUAAAAGAAUAUGACAAAAGAGGGAAAGGUUUAUUUUCUUAUACGUUUCUUCUCGAGUCUAUUUUCAUUCACGUUGAAUCUUGAAGAUAUUGAUUGAAGAGAAAAUAGAAUAGCAAAACCGAAUUAUAGUCGCGUUGUCACAAAAUCGAACGUAUAGAAACAGCUGCAGUUACCUGUUCGACCUCGAUACGAAACGUGCUUUUUCUGAUAUUCCACUUUCAAUAAGAAAUAGAUCACGUAUACAAAAAAAGAGUAUAAAUCGAAAUACACAGUUCGCUGCUGGACCGGCGACGGUAUUACAGUCUCUUCCAAACGAUCUUGGCUAAUGUAAAAUCCUACCGCGGUAUUUAUAUUGACCAAAUAAACUGCGACACAAUACUAGAGUUCAAGUUCUACUCUACGAAAAUUACGAAAAGUCUCCUAUUGCGUAGGCAUGGACGAUCCUAUAAUCAUCGGAGAUAAAAUCAAGUACGAUACUCGAUUGCCUGGAAUGACUUCGUGUGUAUAAAUCGAAUGAAUUAGAGAAAGAAUGAAAGAGAGAAAGAGAGAGAGAGAGAGAGAGAGAGAGAGAGAGAGAGAGAAAGAAAGAAACGAAAAGUCUGUAAAGGACUAGCACUAAUUAAUAUGUAUAAUGAAUUAUUCAGUAAACUCCUCCCAUACUGGACCAUUAGGUGUGUUUGUUAAAGUUGAAACUUGAAGCGCAAAUGACGCGUUUUCAAAUUAAUCGUAUGAGGCUCCGAAUAUUGUAGAUCGAAUUAUAGAUUGUUAAUAUAGAUAUAAAAUAAAGGUGUAAAAAAUAGAAGUAGAGACGCUGCGUAAAAAGAAAGAGAAGUUAUCGGGAUUAUACGAGUGGUAUUUUUAAAGCCACCUUAGAUAUCGUGUAAUCAUUAUUCUCAAAAAGGUGGCUCAAAUUUUCCUAAGCUGUUAUAUCCAAUGUAUGACAUUAGCAAAUAAUGCGGGAAUUUGCAAUCUCGAGCGAUAGAUAAAGCGGAAUGAUCGAUGAAGUAACGACGUAGGAAGCAAACAUACGAAAAAGAAUAAUUAUUCACUUAUAUACAAACAAAGUAUACAUAUAUAUAUACAAAUAUACACAUAUAUAUAAGAAAUAAUAAUAAUAAUAUAUAUAUUAUUAUUAUUAUAAACCCGUAUAAAAUAUAAGUAUGCAAAUUAAUGUAGCUAAGGAAUGAAAGCAUCGACGAAAGCAUGGCGAGGGUGUCCACGCUGACGAACAUCGAUAUAAUACCGUUUGUACAUGAAACUCUGCGCUGUAGUGAAACGUUAAGUUUAUUAUAAAAAAAUUCGUCAAUUUAGAAACUUGACUAAUUAUAUGUACAAUCGUGUUGGCAUAUAUGUAAUGCGACGGAUAUGAAUGUAUGUGAUAGAGAAUUAUUAUCCCACUCACGAUCAUCCCAACUACAUACGAGAUAAUCUUAUGCACAAAUGAUUUUUUAAUACCCUGCUAUUUUGUUAUUUUCUUUUUUUCGAUUUUUGGCAAUCAUCACGUUACUUAUUCGUCGAGAGAAUUCCUUCAUUAUUUAUAGAUAAUCAACGCAGUGGUAAUUCGUAAAAAACAUUUAAUCGAAUAGUCUCGAUGCAUUCGCAAUUAAUUUAUACGGGGAAAAGCGUUAAAGACGUAUUCUUCUGUUUUAUAAAGGUAUAUAGGUUGUAAUUGUAAUCGAGUACAAUACACGGCACAAUAUUGCAAUCUACUCGACAGGCACAAUGCGUUAAUUUUGACGAGAAGAGAGUUGGGAUGUGCGCGAGCGAGAUUGAAUGUACGUGACGUGGCUAUCGGAAAAGCAAUAAUGUAUAAAGUUUAUGAUCCACUGGCACAUUGCUCAAAGAGAUAGAAUAUGUAAAUCUCAUGUUAUGUAUACAUACACACGGUGACACAUAUACAUGCAGGUACAAUACGAAGAAGAAAUUCGUGUACGUGUUAAAUAGAUAAAAAAUUCGUGGCUGGUGUCCGAACAAUCGUCCAAAACGAUCCAUUUUGGAGUGACCAAACGUGCGUACGUAAAAAGAAAAAGCAUAAAUGAUCAAAGUCGAUGAAAAACAAAAAGCUCGUCCGUGUUGUAAUCAACCGCUGAAUUGUUGUUGAACAUAUUUUUGCGGUAGUUUAAGAAGGCAUAGAUACGCUUGAAUCUAUCAAAACGAAAAAAAAAGAAAGAAAGAAAAACAAGUAUGUAAUUUUUCGUUAUCUUUGAUCAUUAUAUUCUUUGAUCAUUAUAUUAAUAAAAUUUUUAGAGAUUUUGCUUGGUCCAAGCAAAAUGCAACAUCGAAAGAUUCUACUAGAUUGUGUCCAUUGAGAUUAAUCAUUUUCAUUCUCCAUCGUACGACGUUUCUUUGAACAAUCGCUCUCUCGUUGUAUAGUGGAACUGUAUAAUAGUUUUAUCUUAUAUAUUUACUCGUACAAAAUAAGCUAAUCGCACUAUACGAUACUAUACUUAAUAAUGCUAUUUGUUAAUUGAAAAAAGCGGAGUGUCUCUGAUAACGAUAUACGACGUUAGAGUUAUUUUCACGAAGCAGAAAUGGAACGCUCUUUCAUUCAUUUACCGAUUCUAAAAGACAUUUUACUUUUUUCUUUUUUAUUCUUCAUAAUGUCACAUUAGAUUGCAAGAAAUUCUUGAGCGGAGGAUCUCCGGCCUAACUUAGCACACUUAGCAUUCUAUAGUUUUAUUUCUACGAAGAGGACUAAACAUUUCUAGGUGGGCCGAUAGUUUCUAGAUGAUUUUAAAAAUCAAUUACUCUUUUGCAAAACAGUCACGAAAAAAGUAAUUGAUUUUUAAAAUCAUCUAGAAACUUUUGACCCAUUUAAAAACUUUUGAUCCAACUUGUAUUUAAAUAUACGUGAUAAUCAUAGUAGUACGAAGUAAUAAAGUUCUUGAGUUAACAUUUGAGAACAAAUUCGAACAUAUCCGAGUUUCGUGAAAAUGGCAGAAUACGAAAUAUUUCUGUAUAGUAGUUGAAAAAAAGAUUAUUUAUACGAAAUUUUACAAAGCACACAGCUAAGCGAUCGUUAAACGUGCAACGUUAUAUAUUUGAUCAUAAGUUGUCUCUUCCAUUAAUUUACUCGAGAAACAAAACGAAAAAAGCCAAAAAGCAAGAGCAACAAAAAAAAAUUAAAGAAAGAGAAAGAGAUAAAAAAAGAGAGAGAAAGACACAAAGCAGCGGUUACGAUGAGGAGACCGAUGCGAUAACAAACUACGGUGGUUCCAAUUGAACAUAUCAAGGCCUCUUAGAAAAGGCUAGCCAACGCGAGAUUUUACUCUGGUUUCACAUAGAUUCAGUUUUUUCGAAGCUUUUUUCAAAUGAAGAGAACACGAUGAAUAAUAAAAGAAAUAAAAGAGGAUGAUUCGUUUGCUGGAUGUUGCCAAUAUGUACGAGCCAUUUUGAGAAUAAUUGCUGAAUUUAAAUAUUUGGCCUAAUUUUAACGCGUUAAAAAAGCAAAAGUGAAAAAGAAAAAAAAGGGAAAAAAGAACACGUGCAUAAUAAUAAUUCAUUUAAUAUUACAUAUCCAAAAAAAAAGGUUCAUACUGCAACAGUAACUCGUUAAUUAACAUUACGACAAGUGUUAUUAUCGAAGCUUCUGUCAAACGAAUCAUUUUAUCGUACUAUGGUAACAUUUGUAGCAGGGGUCAGAUAUCAAUUUUCCAGAGUUGCAAACGCUAACGAGUCUUUAGAAUAUUCCAACCUGCUAGAUAGUAAAGUUCACACGUUUACAAAUUCCUGCCUUACCGAUGAAACAAAACGUCAUCUUAGGAAAAGGUAACGAUUAUCAUACGUCCGUAAAGCAGAAUUUUUUUAUUUCGAUCGUCUCAUCAUUGGAGACGUUCAAAUAUCUUUUUUCAAUUUUUUUUUUUUUCGUGAAUCGACUGAAUCACAGAUAUGGAAACAUCUUCAUAAAGAAUUCUCAUGAAAUCAAACAUUUAAUAUGUCCCUGAUCGAAACGACGAUAAUCUCAUAAAAGAUGCUCCGUCGAUGAAACAGAACAAAACGCGAAAGCUUGUCCUUGUGAAACACGUACACUUACACACUUGCAGAAACGCGUAUAUUUUAUGUGCAUAUUAUAUACAUACGCAUAUUAUACUACAAGCAUUAUAAAAUACGCGAAGCAUAUAAAUAAACAUAUAUGUACAUAUUUUUUAUUACUCGAAAGACACUCUGACCCCGGCCACGCGUGCAAUGUGUAAUAUAAAUUAUAAGACUAUCUUAUAUGUAAACAUAUUCGUAAGUAGCGCACUGCUAUAAGCAUGCUUAAACCUUCCUAAUCGACUUUGGUACUCAUUAUAACGUGUGCUCGCUAUCGCUCCUAAUCUCGUAUAGACGGGCGAUUAUUCGAGUAUUUGGGCAAAGUCGGCGACCGGGUUAUAUAGGAAUAAAAAAUAAAAAAUAGAUGCAAAACUAUGUUUUUUGUCAUGCAAAAAUAAAGAGAAAGAGACUAGAUUCUACAAUAUGAAAUAUCGAUCGAAUUUUAUCUCAGCUAUCGUGAUUAGUGUAUCAUGACUGUUAUUAAUAAACGGUUGUUAGAUCAAUAUGAUUAUAAUUGCGGUUUUCUCUCUGUAUACAAAUUUUUAGAAAUUUUUUUUCAAAGAUUUACCAAAAAAAGUAUUCUAUUUCGAUUUAAUGAUCUCCGUAAAAAUUUUGCUUGUCAAUAAAUUUCUUCUCUUAUUUCAUCGCAAUAGAUCGAUGAAAAGGAUUUAUAAACAAAGUUUUGUUCAAUACGAAUGAUCUUCAGAAAGAAUAGUAAUUGCGAUAAUCCGUCUUUGCCUAAGAAUCUCUUCGUUUUUGAAAUCACCCGUAGAGGAAAAACCGAUGUAACGUUGACUGUAUAUACAUAUUAUACGCAAUAUAUAAUACACAUACACAAUAGGUAUACGUACCUACUCAACUAACGAUUAAAUAUACGAAACGUUCGAGUACCUACCGUCGAUGUACAUACAUAUAUAUGUCGAUCGGAAGAAGGUGAAUAUAAUAAAAGAAAAGAAAAGAAAGAAAAAUAAGAAAAAAGAAAAAAUGUUGGAACGCUUCCAGUGUCAUUAAAAAAAAAAAAAAAGAAUAAAAAAAAACCAUGAAAAAUACGUCAAAGUGCACUCGAAAAAUCUGCUUAGAAAUGAAAAAAAAUAUAUAUACCAAAAAUUAAAAAAAAUAAAUAAAACAAGAGAAUGAACGAACGAAUAGGCGAAAGCUAGUUAUACCACUAUGUGAAUGUGAACAUGUACGAUAUAUUAUUUAAAGAACGCGUGAGUGUGCGAGAAAAUGCGCGAGAAAGAAAGAUUGAGAAAGGAGCGAAUACUUGUUAAAAAUUAUUAUACAGAUGACUACGAGUUGCCGAGGCGUUGAUAAAUAAACGAUUGGGCUCUUUCGGGCCUAUGGAAUUAUAA